GGGGCCGCUCGCUGUGUCUGCGCUGUGACAUUCUAUCCGUUGCUCCUGGGCCGUGAUCCGCCGUGCUUGCCGUCGGCUUGAUUCCCUCGCCGCACCCGCCCUCAGCGCUGCCUGAUUGCUGUUGUCGGGAGCGGGGGGCCUUGAAGCUUGAAUCCGGCGUGGAUUUCUCUCGGAUUGUCUCGGGCUCUCUUCGGCUGCCUCUUCGUGGCUAACGCACAUUGCCCUCCACACAUCAAUCUGAUUGCCAGAUGACGGUUUAUAAUCGGACACCUCUGUUCUGAUUGCGCUUGUCCGAUCGCUGCUCGUCAAUCCAUCCACGCAUCAAGACACGAAGGCGCCCGGCUGCUUUCGCUUUCCCUUUCGACCACCACUCCACUGCAUAAAUUCACGUAUCGCCACUGCAUCCUCUGCUGCAAUGAAAGAGCUGCACUACGCAUCGCCGCACUCGACGUUUUCGUCGUCGAGUCGGUACCAGUCCGAUCCCAAAAGCCAUCACCACGCCGGGUCUCGAGAAAGCCGCGGCUACAUCCGAUCCUGGUUCCCCGAUCAAGACGACGACCCCUACAACAAGCGAUCCACCAACUACAUGGGCCCUGAGCAACCCGAGCAUCCAGACCACUUUUCCGGGUACCGGGAGCCUAAAUCAUCAGCGUCCCUCUCUGCACCAAUGCCGCCGGCCCCGUACGGAUCACGGAAAUACCCGGGCCCACCGCCAGCACCGUUGUCGUCAGCCGACAAGAAAAGCAGCGAUGCGGGAUACGCCGGAAACCCAUACUUGGCGCCCUCGUCCUCGUCCUCCUCGUCGUUGUCCUCCAGACCAUACUACCCGUAUUCGGGGUCCGGGUCCCGAGACGGGAACGACCACUUUAUGGAAUACGGCCCGCGCGGCUCGGGAUCGUCGAGCAGUCACGAUAGGGAUGCAAGUCAUCGGUCCUACGGCUAUCCGGGUCGCUACGGAUACUCUGCAUCACCACCACGGGCCCACCACUCAAAUAUGUCGCCGCCUUCGACUGGCCACGGACACGGAGAGCCCGGCUUUCCGAAACAGAGUCCCGAUGAGUCCUAUCGCGUCGAUCGCGGCCGGAGACUCUCGAACCCGUAUUCGAUGCGACUCUCGAGGGACACUGACGAGCAGGGCUAUCUCGACGACUCUUCCUUGGCAUCAGACCGCGGCGAUAUGUCUGGGCGAUCCUAUCGCGAGCCAGAAGGACGGUCCUUCGAUCGACCCAUGUCCGGUUAUCCAACAUCCCGAUAUUCAAGCGUCAGCUCCCAGCGCGAGCAUCACACCGACUACGCCACGAGCACAUCCCGCGGCUACUACCCGCGGCGGCCAGAGUCUGGACGGUCUUCUCCUCCGCACCCAUCCCUAUCGUAUUCCAGGGCAACCUCAAAGUCCUUUAACGAAGAAAGCGGCGGCAUCUCCCUGAGCUCGCAAGGACCGGAAACUCGGCGUCCGCCAACACCGCCACACCUUGCAGCAUCGUCGGGGUGGGGCUAUCCCAAGUCAGCUGCCCUUUCCGCCUCCUACCCUCCCAAGACAAGAGAUGGCGACCCAGGCUCGUUGGACCCGCAUCUGCAUCAUAGCCACGAGACGAGCCAUCGCUAUCUUGCUAAUGGCGGCCGCGCCAAACCCAUCCAUCCUGAAUCAAUCGGGCGGUCGGGAUCCGCCGGUUUCAUGGACUACACGCCUGAGAAACGGCAGCCGUACCGGACCGAGCCGCAGCGCGAGUCGUAUUCCAAGCCCAUGCCAUCUGCCUCUCCGAGCCCACGCCUGAUUGGUUUUGACCCCAAGGACGAGAUCGAAAACGGAGUGGGUCACUAUCACCGAGACCCUGCGCACUCGUCUCGCCAGCGCUCUGUCGACCCUGACCACGGUGAUAUGCAGCAUGACAAUAGGGCGAAGGAUGUCCAUGGGCGCUGGCGCCGCUCAGCAGAACCUCCAAGCCAGCCUCACGCUCGACUUUCGGAACCCCCAAGCGUUGUUCCCGCUGUGAGUGCUUCAAGGACAGACGAACCAACCCGGACUGAGGCAGACUCGCACUCGCUACCGGCGACGCCCUCCUCCGAGUCACUGUUGGACGAGGAUCCCAAGCAUAUGACCGAGACUGUGGUGGAAGAAGAGGUCGAGAGUGGCUCCGUCAUGCUGAACGGAGCGGCCAAGCAUCCUAGCCCGUUUCGACCUGCUCCGAUUACGAGUCGAUCGUUUUCGACUUCGCCCGUGCCGAUAAACUCGGACGAGCUGAAUCGGUCGCGGUCGUCCUCUGUGGACGAGUUUUCGGUGCCCGUUUCGGACCAGCCGAAUGGAGCCGAGUCUCUCGAUAUCGACGCAUGUGCCGCAGGCGGAUCCAUCUCAACAGUAUAUGUCCACCACAAGAAUGCAACGCUCUCGAUCAGCCGCAUCAACUCGGUCAGCGAUCCAACUGCCAUCAACAUUCUGCCGAUCCUCAGCCAGGCCGAGUAUGCGGUCGGGCCCGACGACGCAGCUGUGACGCAUGCCCUCCUCAAGGACCGCGAUAUUACCGGCAAGCCCUCGGUCAUCGACCCGGCUUUGCACAAGCGAAUCUACCACGAGAAUCAAGCAUGCAUGCAGCGAUUGCAAGCAGCGACGGGUCUGCUUCUGGCGCAGCACUAUCCGCUGCCGGAGCACAUGCGGCUGCCAAACAUGGAUGGAGGGCUGCAGACCAAGGCCGGACGGCAGUGGGUUUUUGAGUUCCAUCGGCUGCGUACCCAGAACAGAUACGAGAACUCUCUCCGGCGGAUCGUCCACAAGCGCAUCCAGCGCACUUACCAGCGCCGUUUUGCCCUUCAGAGCCAAUACAAGGACGUCCACCAAGCCUGGACCAAGAAGAUCGAGCAGCUCGAGGAGAGCAUCAAGCUCAAGAAGCAGAAGCGAAAGAACUUUCCGUUCUCGUCUUCGAGCGCUGUCACGUCGUUCUCGUCUCCGUCGGUCAGCUUUGGCGGGGCCGGCAGUGCGGGUCUCGGUGGUGGGAGCGACGCGUUUGGCGGCCGGGCCAAUCGCCGGAUGAAUCCAAACUCGGACGCCAUCCUGAGCGAGGAGGCCUAUCAAGCGUAUCUAGCGAGCCUCAAGCAAUCCGAAGAAGAGCGCCUCAACCAGGAACUGCGUGCCGCCAAGGAUCCGCCGAUGAUGAUCUGCGAUACAUACGCGUCCAGCCUGGUUGGGAUCAAGUAUCGCAAUUCCAACGGACUCGUGCAGGACCCCGUGCGCGAACUGGUGCGGUUCAACCAGCGAUGCACCCAGAGCUGGUCCGAGGCCGAGAAGCGCGUCUUUUGGGAGAAGCUGCUUGUCUACGGCAAGACCUUCCACAAGAUCAAGGAGCAUCUGCCCAAGAAGACAGUGCAUGAUUGUGUGAUCUAUUUCUACCGCAAGAAGCACGACGAUGCCCUCCGGUUCCUGGGACGGCCCUUCAAAACUGGGCAGCAGAAUAUGGUCGUGAUCACCGACCGGACCACGCGCAGCGUCAUUCGCAAGGGUGGUGCGCAGGGGCCUCCCCGGCAGAAGCCCAUCCGGAGCGCGGUCGAGAGUGAUUUCAUCUCGGACAGCUCCUCGGCGUUGUCGCGCGGGUCUCGGCCGGUCGAAGGCAGCAGGAAGGACGAGCGGCAGCAGGACGAGGCCUCCAACGACUCUGGGUCCAAUGCAGCCAAGCGACCGCGCGGUGACGACAGCAAGGCCGGUCGUGUGGGUCGGCGGAACCGGAUCAAGGAGAUGGUCAAGGAAAAGGAAGACGCAAAGGCCAAAAGGGAUGCCGGCGGCGAAGACGACUCCCAUCCUGGCGACACUGCGAGCGAAGCCAAGGAAGAUGCUGCAGCGCCGCCCGAGGUCCGCAAAAAGUCCAUCCCACGACUCCCCGAGAUCGAAACCAAGGCGGCGGACGUUGCCGACGAUGCGGCUCUGGUUGAAGGGAAGGGCCUCGAUGACGAUAGUGGCUCGGUGGAAGACGAGCCGGCGGCGACACUUGCAUCUCCGUCGGGGGCAUCGACCCCAACGGUUACAUCGACUCCGCCGCCGCCGCUGCCGCUUCGCACCGGCCCCGUCCACAUCGAGGAGGUCGCGCGCUGGACCGACGAAGACAAGAUCCGCGCCCAGGCGGCAUUCGAAAAGUACGGCCGCAACUUUGCCCUGGUCGCGCUUGCGGUAGGCACCAAAUCCGAAGACCAGUGCCGCAACUACUACAACAACACCAAGCGCCGGCUCAAGCAGGAUGCCUCCAAGGACGUGGCGAGUCUCCUGGGUGGGCUUGUGCAGGCGAUGGGUCCGAGCUCCAAGAAGAAGCGCAAGAUCAUCAAGCCCAAAGACAAGGAGGACGAAGCCGCGGUGCCCGAGGCCGGUGGUGCUGGCAGGCCGCCGACCGAUGAGCAUGCCCUGGCGGACACUGGCGUCGCACAGAGCGUAUCUAGGUCCGAGUCCAAAGAAUCUCUGCACGAGCACAGCCAUGUGUCCUCUGAUGGCGAAGCCAGGGCUGCUGGGAGCAGGUUCGAAUACGUGGCUGUCGACGCCAAACUCGACGUGAGUGCCCAGCACUCGCGAACGUCGUCCAUGUCGCAUAUGGACCUGGACCCGGCCAUGGAAGAGGCCGCAAACGUGAUGGCGGCCAUGUCGGCUUUUGGCGCCAAGGCGCCGGUCCUCAGCACCGUCGAGGAGGAGGGUCCCUCGCAAGAGGAUGUUGCCGAUGCGGGCGAGACCGAGGCCAAGGUGGGUUUGCGCAGCUCGCUUUCGAUCUCGAGCGUACUCAACUUUCCCGAGACGGCCGACGACCUCCCCAGCGGCUCGAGCAUCGCCGGUGACCCCAAGAAGGCGCGCAAAGGACGGGUCCGCAAAGACAAGGGACCCGAUGCACCUCCGUCCACUCCCACAGACGCGAUGCUGGCUGGCCCCAGUUCUGGCAAGCCGAUCGAUGGCAGCGGCGCCGGCACGGCACGCAAAACCGUCUCGUACUGGGCGAUCGCAGAAAAGUCCGAGUUCAAGGAUGCUCUCAAGAAGUACGGGCGCAACUGGGACAUGAUUGCCAAGGCCAUCGGAUCCAAGUCGAUCAUCCAGAUCCGCAACUACUACCACAACUUCCGACACAAGCUGGACUUUGACAAGAUCCUGGAGGAGAACGGGUUCCCGGUGGAGGAUGAGAAGGUCAUGAACGGCAUCGACGCCACCCCCGGGGUUGGUGUACUGGCAGACGGCGAGGGCCCCGGCACCGACGACGAGCGUGCCCCUGGUCCAUACGACACCGAGUCUGGUGGGCGAGUGCUCGGCCGGCCCCCUCCCGGUGCUGCGGUGCGCCGAUCGCCUCGUCCCGACCACACCCUGUUGCCCCCGCGGACCGACAUUCACAUGGGAUACCCGGGGCCGUCGCUGCACAAGGAUCACGGCGAGGGCCAGGGCAAGUUCAUCGACAUCGAGUCGUUUUCGGUCGGCUCGUCUGCGUCCUCCUCGCCGCGCGUGCAUGGGCAUCGCUACCCAUCACACCCGCAGCCCAACCAGCCCCCCUGGACGACCGAGCCGUCGCAGCGGCCCAUCACACCGUAUCCGCUGCCGCCGUCGUCGCAGGAUCCCUCGGGCCACUCGCACAUGGCCCACUAUGGCCACCGCCCAGCGCCCAUGUAUCCGGGGCCGGAGUACCCCGGCCAGUACCACGCGCACUACGGCCCACUCCAACAUCCUUCGGCCUCGCACCCUGGAUACAUCCGCAGCCCGCCACCCUACGGCCCCGCUUCCAGCAUCCGAUACUACACACAGCCGCCCCCGCAACCACCAACACCCACCCCGCCGCCGCCGUCGGGCCCGGCGAGCAUGCCCGUUGGUCCCCGGGGUACUUCGAGCGAGGCGUAUCCGAGCUACAGCGACUUUCUCUACGGUCGCACGCCUCCUCCGGCCCCGCCCCCGCCCGCAACCACGUCGGCCACGCCGAGCUACAGCCCCCAUGGAAUCCCGCCCCUUGGUGCGCCGCUCGCCGCCUUCCCAGGCCACCAGCUGCCUCCGCUCUAUCCUGCGGGGCCCUUCCAUGGACCGCCAUCGGUGCCGCCGGUCACCCAGUCCGCGACCGGCUCGCCGUCCAUGUUCCACCACCACCUUUCACACCAGCACGGCCUCCCAAGCUCUUCCCGCCUCAAGACGCCGCCAGUACCUAUCUCGCAUGCCGGGCCUCUGCCCUCCAACCCGGCGAGCUACAUGUCGCAUCCCCCGCCGCCGAUGACCAUGUCGCUGCCACCGUUGCAGCCGGCCCCAGGCGAUCGGGAGCUGCCUAUCUCACGCCCGCCACCGCCCGAGCCUGUCCACGCCGAAGUCGCAGCACGGAUCCCAGCCCCGAGCGAGGACCCGGACCGGUUCAAGAGCCAUGCAGCCGCGGGCCUUCCCUCUGGAGGUCUGUCCGAGCCCAGAGCAUCUGCCCAGGCACCGGUGGCGCUAUCGGCCUCUGGAUCGGCAUCGUCGAACCCGGAACCAAGCGAUCAUGGCGCCGAUCCGAGUCGCGGCUCUGCGUCGCGCAUGUCGGUCGGGCUGGUGAUCGAGUCGACGCAACCGACAAGCGCACCCAGACAGCCCGACUCGAUGCACAACGCCGAGAUUGCAUCUACUCACGGCAGCUCCAAGACCCGCUCCCCGAGCGCUCCGCCGCACCAUUCUCCCCACGCAAGUCCUCAGGCGAUCCACCAGACGCACCGGGCAUACUCGCCGUACCGUCCGGAGCCCAGCCAGCGCCGGGCUUCGUCGCCCAUGUAUGCACAUCAGCAGUACCCGCAGUCCAAGCCCGGACGCAGCUCGUCGCCGACUGAUCCGCUGCCCCCGUCGACAAGCUACCCAAGCAACCUAGCGGGUGUGCACAGCGGCGGCGAAUCGUCGGUGCGAUCUGCGUCGCCGUUUGAUCCGCCGUACCGAUCCUCUGGUCCGGCCCGGAGCGAGGAAGCCAUCUACGAGUUCCCGCUGCGGCCUCGGAAAUCGGCGAGCCCACCAGUAUCGGGCGAGGGCAAUCCCACGAGCAACAGCAGCAGCAGCACCGUGCCUGCGCCAAAGGGGUGGAGUGCUGCCGAAGGCGGCCCGCUGGAUCCUGCAGAAGGACCAAAUCCCAUCUAGCCGGGCCCGGUGGUGGCGGAACCCGGUCAAAUCAAAACCAAGGGCACUUGUCCGGCCACAACCUGGUUGGACGAGAGCCAAGCAUGUACUUUUGUCGCAUCCGCAGCCGCAAACCAACAAUACACAUGCGACUGCAUUUUUGAGCCCAA